UCCAUGUCUUUAUCUGCAACCGGACUUCCCGGCAAUAGAUCAAGUUGCAAAAAUAUUGCAAUAUUAUUAAGAUGUUAUUGUUGGAAUUCGAACUUGGUAAUCAACCAUAAAACAAAAACAAAGCGUGCGUGCGUGCGUGCGAUAUGGUCAUACAAGGAAGGAGGACGACCUUCCCAUGAAAGGUGUGUCCUGUUGGAACUGUAAUUUCCAGUAAGCAAUUCGUAGUUGUCAAAACCGCAGCUAUUUCUAUUUGCCUAAAGUGACAAAUGAUUGUUAUCACUGUAGAUCGUAUGAAGACUAUAUACUGUAUUAUAGAUUCAUUGUUUUUUGUUUGUUCUUUGACAGGAAUGAGUAAGUCCUCAAAAUUAUAAUAUAUCAUUGUGUGGAUUGAAUUAUACCGUGUGGUUUACUCUCAAGUAUUCAGCAACAAUGUUUCUAUUGCUUAUUAUAGUCACAAACCUUGGGACUUUGAUAGCGGAUGAUGCAAUGAGUGAUGGAAAUCUUCAAUGCUUCAACGAUUAUGACAAAAGUAUGGUUUGUCAUUUUACAACUGACAAGUCUAAGUGUGCUGAAUACAGCAUGACAUUGAAAGAAUUGGGCACACAAAAUAUGAAUGAUUGUACUUUCAAGGAAAAGGAGAGGUCCAAUGAUGUUUCCAAAUGUGGAUGCUCUAUUGAUUCAAUGCCCUUUAUUAUUGGGGAGGAGUUUAAUGCAACACUUUGGAAUUCUGGGAAGCGCCUAAAUUCCAAAGUCCUCUGUAUCAAAUGCAGCAUAAAACCCAAAACCCCCACCGUCCAAGAGGUGAAACCAACAGAAAAUGGGAAUUUCCUGGUCAAAUGGAAGACAAACUACCCUGAUAAUGCACCAUUUGCUAAGGUCUUGAUUGCCGAAUUGAGCUACAGAAAGAAAGGAGAAACAGAUGAGCCCUUUCCUUUGUUCGUACAGGUGUCCAAAAAUGACUCAACAACUUCCUAUGAAUUACUUGGCAGAGACUUGGAGCCAAACACCAUUUAUGCUCUGAAGGUCAGAACCUAUACUGACUGGAGUGGCCGUUUCAGUGACUGGAGUGAAGAGUUGGAAUUCACUAACCCUGCAUCAUCUCGGAAAGUGCUCCAGAUUGUCAUUGUUUUCAGCUGCAUUGCUGUUAUCAUCAUCACAAGUGCUUUGUUUUGGUGCAGUGUUAGACUCAAAACCAAGUUGUGGGAUAAUAUUCCUAAAUGUUCAAACCCAGACCUUUUGUAUAUGGUUCCAGGAGUACCUAAGGUAUUGUCUCCUCCCAAAAUACUUUUAUCCUCCAUCUAUGUUGAUUCUUCGAAAAUGGACACUGAAGGAAAAACAUGGACAAACCCCUCGACAGUAGAUGGGAGCAGUGGAAGAGGCCGUGGCUCAGAGCUUGACACAUCAUCUUCCCUGGGUCAUGCCGACACAUUUUCCAUGAGCCCGGAGCCUAGUAAUGUGCAGAUCAUUAGCCAUCUUCAAGAGGCCCUGAGCAAAGUCUUUCCCAGCCUUGUUCCUUUGGACGGGAAUCCUCAGUCAUUGCUCUUAGCCCCUCCUAUGACAGAUGAUGGUACAGAAAUGAACUGCCCUGAGUCAAAUCGAGACAUUGGUGUGUGUUCAUCUGACUACAAUCCUCUUCAUUUCAUGAGUGAGUCUGGAGGCUCUUGUGGGUCGUCUUGUUACAACAAUUUGACCUACUCCCCCUCAGUGCCCCUCAACUCCCUUCAAGAGUUAACAACAAGCAAGACAUCCUCAUUUCCUACGCAGCCUCUGCUCUUUUGUAACUCCUCCUACUAUUCUGGUGAGGCUGAAGUGUUGAAAAAUGGCCAUCCACAGCUGUUUCUUGAUACUGGUCAACAAGACCUUAAGUUGUCCACUAACUGUGCAACCUUCUUGCAAACCGACAAUUCAUAUCACCCGUGUGAUGGCGCCAGUAAUGAUUCAGAGACUACCACGUCAUCAGAGGACACCAGUCUGAUCUACGGUUCUAACGUGUCCGAUGUUAUCAGUGUCGUUACUAGAUAUCAGAGCUUCAGUGAGGCGGUUGGUAAGGACAGUGAGAGAGGAACUGAUGCCUUCAUAGAUGUGCCACUGCCACUUAAGGGUUUCCAGGAUGUAGACAGAGAGCCACUGAUUUACGAUGUGGAUCCAUGUUGCCACAGCCUGCCUGACCCUGGAUGCAGCCUCCCCCCGAGUGAUGGCAAUUAUCAGGCUUUACAGAGCCUGGGACAAAAUAGCCCAGAUCAGUGGGUUUCAGACAAACUGCUGAACAAGUGUCUGGAGACUGAGAUCCCUCAAAGCUCCAUGGGGAACAUGCCUCUAAAUGUCAUACCCAACUCACAGGGAGGACAAUGUCCGAUACCUGGAAGUCCCUUUCUUACUGCUUUCUGUUCAGACCAAGCCAUGGAAAUAGACAAUGACAACUCUUAUCAUUGUGUGUGAUUAUACGGUAGACACUUUUGCACUUCACAAUUUCUUUUAUUUUGGGGACUUGAGCUCAUAUAUAUGUUUUUUUCUAUAUGAUACAAACAGUUUGAAUACCAUUCUGCCAUGAAAAUGCUGUAGCCUCAAGUCCAGAAAUGUUCCACAUUUUGGAUGUACUGCUUCUGUAAAUAAACAUUUGUGUUUGGGAAA